UAGUCAGUUAUAGCACAUGUCAAAGCAUUAAUAAAUUUAGAACCUUACUCCACUUACUCGCACUUAUGUUACUUAUUAAACAUUCUUACUUUGUCACGAAUACAAUUGCUGACUUAUCAAGAAAUGCUAAUUUAACCAUCCGCUUUCCUUCAUUCGUUAUCAAUCGGUUAUUACAAUUCUAAGGAAUGCCUCUACACAUUUGUUGUGCAGUAACGAGCUGUUAGCAACAUUCCCAGUGAAAUGUCUUGUAAGAUCUUGUUCAUGAUCUUUGUUGUGCUCAACGUUAUAUUUGUUGCUAGCGAAGACCUCUAUGACAAUACUAAAGAGAGUUACAUAACAAUUUUAACAGAAGAAUACUUUAAUAUAUUCAAAAACCUUCCUACAAUCUUUGAAUAUUUAGCCGUAAUAAUGGGAAAUGAUCAUAAAGACACAGUAAAAGAUGAUAUUACAGAAACAAAUGAUAGAGAAAAACGUGAUAUUAAAGAUGAUGAUGAAAAUAAUAUAAGUGAUGAUGAUAUUCUUUCCUAUGAAUCAUCAUUUGCACCAAGAUUAGGACUUACACCUGAAGAAAUAGUGGAACAAAUUCAUAAAAUUGAACAUGAGUUAGAAGAAUAUAAUAAUAAAUGUUCAGCAGAUUGAAAUAAAUUUGUAUGUGAAAAUAACAUAAUAAUAAAUAUCAAA